CAUCGACUUCCGUGGCGGCUCCGUUACUUCAUAGUUGCUGUUUUGCGUUAUUUCUUGAAUUCUUGUUCACCCUUUCCGACAAAUAAUCAUUCCCAAAGAUGCCUUUCUUUGCUGGGAAUGACACGAUAAAGGAACUUCGGACGGCUCUGUCUGAUCCCGCCGUGCAGGCGGACAAAAACCGGUACCGUCAGGUUCUCCGUCGAGUGGUCUCCCUGAUGACCGAUGGCGCAGACAUGUCACCACUGUUCCCGGACAUCAUCAAGGCCAGUGCCACACCUGACCUGGUGCAGAAGAAGCUGACUUACCUUUACAUCUGCAACUACGCUGCAACUCAGCAAGACCUGGCACUGUUAGCAGUCAACACCCUGCAGAAAGAUUGUCUAGAACCCAAUCCAAUGGUGCGUGGGCUUGCGUUGAGAACCAUGUGUUCUCUGAGAAUACCCUCCCUGGUAGAGUACAUACAAAUGCCGCUGAAAAGGGGUCUUCAGGAUUCUAGUGCGUAUGUCCGGAGGAAUGCUGUGAAUGGGUGUGCCAAGAUGCUUCACAUUGCCCCUGAGCUUAUCCAAGAUGCCAGCAUGAUUGACCAGUUGUAUGGUAUGAUACGAGACAAAGACCCUAUAGUGGUGGUUAACUGUCUACAGGCGCUGGAGGAAAUCCUCCAAGCAGAGGGUGGAGUCGUUGUGAACAAGAACAUCGCCCACUACCUGCUGAACAGGGUACAGGACUUCUCCGAGUGGGGACAGUGCCAGGUUCUACACUUCCUACUCAAGUACAAACCGGCAGAGGAAGAGGAGACGUUUGACAUCAUGAACAUCGUUGACGUCUGCUUGAAACACAGUAACAGUGGAGUCAUCAUGGCUGCCUUGAAAUACUUUCUGUUCCUCACAGAAGACAUGCCACAGAUCCAGGAGCAGGUGUACAACCGAGCUAAGAGCCCCUUACUCAACAUCAUCACCAGUGGUGGGCCAGAACUGAGCUACGUUGCACUUUGCCACAUCCAGUACAUCUUAACAACCUCCCCAGGGCUUUUUAACAAAGACUUUAAGAAGUUCUUCUGUAGAUAUAACGACCCUUUGUAUGUGAAAACAAAGAAGCUACACGUUUUGACAGAGAUGGCCACAGAUGGGACAGAAAGUGAUAUAGUUGAGGAGCUGAGUAUGUACUGCACAGAUGUGUCCACUGACCUGGCUACAGCAUCCAUACAGGCGAUAGGGAAGAUUGCCCGUAGACUCCCUACCUCUGCAUCACACUGUGUGGGGACUCUACUGAAGAUACACGGGCUUCAACAGGAACACAUCACAUCAGCUGUACUCAUGGCCCUGAAAGACUUGGUGCUGCUGUACCCUGACAUUAUCCCUAAGGUGACACCUCUACUCCCCAACUGUGUGGAUUUAGUACAGGAGGGUCCAGCCAAGGCCACACUGGUCUGGCUACUGGGGCAGUAUGGCCAUACUCUGCCAAAUGGACCUUACAUACUGGAGGACAUGAUAGAAAAUGUGGCCAGUGAGAUCAGCAUACAAGUGAAGCUUGAGCUUCUGACAGCCACUGCCAAGAUGUUCUUCAGCCGCCCUGCGGAGUGCCAGGACAUGCUGGGUCGUCUCCUGGAGUACUGCAUCGACGAGGACACCAACAUGGCCGUCCGUGACCGCGCUCUGAUGUACUACAGGUUACUCCACACUGACGUGCAGCAGGCAAGGAGGGUCAUACUGGGAGCCGCCAACAGGCCAGUGCAGAUACAGGACAGCGAUGCACCUGGUCAGGAGAUCAUUGACCUACAGGAUCUUAACACUCUGGUGCCCAUAUAUGGGCGGAGGUCGUGGGAUGUCAUGGUGGAGGAACAAAGAAGGAAAGAACAGCAGACCAAGCUAACAAAUGGCACAAGUAAUGAGACUGAUAUGGGAGCAGAGGGAGGGGAAGAAGACGAUUUGGAAGAAACCAUUUCUUUAUUGUCUCCUAGUAACUUGACUCCUCAGGAGUUUGAAACUAAAUGGGAAGAGUUAGACUGUGUGACAACAGUGCACCUAGACUAUGACCCAACCCACAGCCCAAAUGGCCUCCUGCAGAAGUUGGAAGGAGCUCACAUUUUCACCAUGGCCAGCAGCCCAGAGGAUGCAGCUCCAUGGAAGGCCUUCCUGUUUGCUGUGGCUGAAAUGAAAGAUCAGACCCACCUGGUGCUGGUGGAGCUGUGUGUGGACAGGACGGCAGCCACCAUGCAGGCAACCUGCAAGUUUGACGCUGACCAGAUGGAGGCUGCAGUGCCACUUAUCAGCCAGUUUGGAAGGAUUCUCCGAGGGACAAUAACUAGCCCUUAGUUAGAAAUUUAACAAACAGGUCUAACUCGAAGGCAUGAACACAUAAAUAGAACAGUAUCUAACAUUUGCAGUGCUAAUUAUUUUCUGGCCAACUGACUUGAAGUUCACACAAAAAGGCAUUUCAGAAGAUCACUGUUAUACAGAACAAGAAAAUGUGAUGCUACUGUUACAACUUGCAAUAGAUCAAAAUAAGAAGGUAAGUUGUGAGAACUUGUGACUGGACAAAUACAUUUGUACAAUACCAGGUAAAU